AUGAUGAAAGUAAUACGUGUAUUACCUGGUGAAUAUUGCUAUUACACUGCGCAAGAACUUCAUGCCUAUCUUUCUGGAGAAUGCAUUGAAUGCGUUAGCUGUUCGAAUAAUACCAUUCGAGCGGCUUGCACAUCAAAAUAUGUCGACAUCAAUACGCUAUGCCAGGUGUUGAAUUAUCGCAUGACAGACCCAUCCUAUUAUAUCAUUUGUGCUAAAGAACUUAAAAACUUUCCCCACGUACACGUUUUUGAUCCAGACUGCGACGAUUUCACGCUUCAUGAAAUUAAGGUACGCUCUGUCUUCCAUUAAAG